AUGGGUAACGUUAUUUCUAUGAUUGAACGUCCCCUGGUUUCACGGCUGGGGGGUAAUCAACCCCCACCCAGGAAUUCUACUAAAAAAGAAUUCAGAAAACAGCCAAACAUCCAGCCUUCUACGGACAGGUAAGUGGGCAGCGGCUGCAGGUAUCCUAUUGGAUGGGGUUAUUAGAAGAUGGGGGUCAGAGUUCGAUAGAGAUUAGAUUAAAGGAUGGUUUGUUAAUGGGCAUCAUUUCUAUAAAAUGACACAGCUUUCCUGUAGAUUGAAUAGUGUCAUCUUGAAAUGAAUGGGAGUUACAUAAGGGUUAAAAUAUUUUGAAUGUGAAUUUGAGUUUCAUCUCUUAGUUAUUCUUCUUAACAGGUGAGAUAAAAAAUUAACAAAACAAUAAACGUGUGUAGCUUAUUCCAUUUGUAGUGAUUGCAUUAAAAUAAGCAGGCAAGAUAUACAGGGGUGUAAAAAACAAGUAAAAUAUCUAGGAAUUAAUAAAGGUGUUUUGAGUCCCUGAUCAGACAGCACCAUCCUGGGAUGAAAUGCAGGAUGACAUGCGUCUUGAAAACUUUUACAGCAUUUAUAUAUUAAAUUGAAUUAUUUAACCAUUACAAUACAACCCAAAUAGCAAUGCAUAAUAUAUAAUGGCUUCUUGUAUCAUCUCCUAAACACACUCGGUUAUUCCAGACAUAAAACGUCAAAUGUGCGAAAUAUGAAACUUCACUAAUCACUUUUUCUUUUCUCAAUAGGCUAGCUCUUAAAGCCGAGCCCCAGACAUUCCCCCAGAUAUCACCUAAUCUGGAUAUUUCUCCAGAAACUGAGAAGGGGAACAGACGGGAGCUGCGGGAACAGAAUGGCGGGUUUGUGGAAGAAGUUCUAAAAUGUUGCCAAGAAGGCACAUUUAGACGUCGCCUUCCCCCUUCUGUUACAUCUAAAUUUGCUGUGCUUGAUAAAAGGUAAAUACUCUAUGAUCACAUUAAUCAAAGGGGGGUGGAGGGUUCUUGUACUUUGUUUUAACAAAUUGAGAUAUUAACCUCUGCGAUGGGUGCUGUAAAGAUCAGCCUGAACUUUUUGUUUUUUUUCUCUAAAAGCUUUAGACAUUAUGAUACCUAUGUCAGAUAUAAAAAAGAGGAGAAGAUUCCCGAUGUACCAUACUAUAUUCGGGUGACUCCAAAGAAAUCCACCGUAGAAAUACGAUAUGCUCGACCACCUAGGUAAGUGUACCAUGAGACACAGAAUAACCAACCACAAUCCUAUAAGGUUAUCCAAAUAAAACUGCAUUGUCCUCAGUAAACCAAAACACUGGUUCUUUCACUGGCUGGCUGUGUACGCAGGAAACCAAGGCGAGAAGAACCACAGAUAGAGAAAGAUGUCAAUGGUCUUUCUGAGCCAACAUCACAAAUCCCAAAAUAGACUAUUUACUGAUAUUACUGUAUCCAGAAUGUAAUGUAUGACACAUAGAGGAUGUGAUAGUGUCACUAUAAGCUGUGCAAUAAUGACUGAUGGAUAACAAGAGAUGGGGUAACUGACGGACCGGAAGAAUGGAAAGGGAGGAAAGGACAUCAUUGCUACAACUGUAUUUGAAUUUUUCCUCUUUUCAUUGCAGGGACCCAUUCCUUUUCUCUAAGGUAAAGCCUACAUUACUUCUAACUCAAUACAAAACAACUAAAAAGGCUCGAAAUGUCCCAGAAAAGGAAGUCGGCAAAAAAAGACUGGAAAAUGCAGAAACAUUCUGUGCAGAGUGUUAUAAACAGAAUAAUAUUCUACUGUCAGAACCUGUCACAAGUGUAGAUGAUAUUGUUUGUCAGCCUUCUACAGGCAGGUAAGUGGCCAGUGACUGCAGGCAUCAUAUUAGAUGGGGUUAUUGGAAGAUGGGGGUCAGAGUUGGAUAGAGAUUAGAAUAAAGGAUGGUUGGUUAAUAGGCAUUAUUUCUAUAAAAUAAUAUAGUUUUCCUGUAGAUUUAAUAGUGUAAUUGAAAUGAAUGGUUGUAAUAUACGGGUUAAAAUCCUUAAGAUGUAAAUUUGAGUUUAAUCUAUUAGUUAUUUUUCUUAACAGAUGAGAUGAACAAAACAAUGAAUGUGUGUAGCCCAGCCCAUAUGUAGUAAUGGAAUUUAAAAUAAAAUACGCAGGCAUGAUAUACAGCGGUAAAAAGAAGAUAAAAUAUAUAGGAAUUAGUAACAGUGUUUGAGACCCUGAUUGGGCAGCUCCAUCCUGGGAUUAAGCACAGGAUUAAUUUAGUCCAGACAUGUCACAAGUAUUACACAUCAAAUUGAAUUAUUUAACCAUUAAACUACGACCCAAAUAGCAAUAUAUAAUGCUAAUUAUUUUAUCAUCUCCUAAACAUACUCGGUUAUUCCAGAAAUAUAACAUCAAACGUGUGAAAUAUGAAACUUCACUAAUCACUUUUUCUUUCCUACUUGGGGAACCUCUUAAAGCAGAGCCCCAGCUCCAGGUUUCUUUCUAUUGUUGAUGUUUUGUUUUAACAAAUGGAGAUUUUAACCUCUAAGCUGGGUGCUGCAAGAAUUAGUCUGAACUUUUUGUUUUUUGUGUUUUUCUUUAAAAGCUUUAGACAUAAUAAUAACUAUGUCAGAUCUGGAAAAGAGGAGAAGAUUCCCGAUGUACCAUACUAUACUCGGGUGACUCCAAAAAAACCAAUGACUUAUGUUCGACCACCUAGGUAAGUGUACCAUGAGACACAGAAUAACUGACCAUAAUCCCAUAAGGUUAUCCAAAUGAAACUGCAGAGUCCUCAGUUAGCCAAUACCCAGGUUCUAUCACUGACUGUCUGUGUACACAGGAAACCAAUGAGAGAAGAUCCACAGACAGAGAAAGAUGUCAAUGGUCUUUCUGAGCCAACAUCACAAAUCACAAAUUGCAUUAGUUAACCAUUAGAAUACAACCCAAAUAGCAAUUCAUAAUAUAUAAUGGCUUCUUGUAUCAUCUCCUAAACAUACUCGGUUAUUCCAGAAAUAUAACGUCAAAUGUGCGAAAUAUGAAACUUCACUAAUCACUUUUUCUUUUCUCAGUAGGCUAGCUCUUAAAGCAGAGCCCCAGACAUUCCCCCAGAUAUCACCUAAUCUGGAUAUUUCUCUAGAAACUGAGAAGGGGAAGAGAUGGGAGCCACGGGAACAGAAUGGCGGGUUUGUGGAAGAAGUUCUAAAACGUUGCCAAGAAGGCACAAAGAGUCUUUGCCCUCCCCCUUCUGUUCCAUCUAAGUUUGCUGUGCUUGAUAAAAGGUAAAUACUAUGAGAUUACAUUAAUCAAAGGGGGGGGGGGAUAUUGUAGGUUUUUUUCUAUUGUUGAUUUUUUGUAUUAACAAAUUGAGAUUUUAAACUCUAAUAAUAUGCUCUAAUAAUCAACUUUUUGUUUUUUGUGUGUUUCUUCAAAAACUUUAGACAUAAUAAUAACUAUGUCAGAUAUGGAAAAGAGGAGAAGAUUCCCGAUGUACCAUACUAUAUUCGGGUGACUCCAACAAUAACCAACAAACCAAUGACUUAUGUUCGACCACCUAGGUAAGUGUAUCAUGAGACACAGAAUAACUGACCAUAAUCCCAUAAGGUUAUCCAAAUGAAACUGCAGGUUCCUCAGUAAGCCAAUACCCAGGUUCUAUCACUGGCUGUCUGUGUACACAGGAACCCAAUGAGACAACCACAGACAGAGAAAGAUGUCAAUGGUCUUUCUGAGCCAACAGCACGAAUCACAAAUUGCAUUAGUUAACCAUUACAAUACAACCCAAAUAGCAAUGCAUAAUAUUUAAUAACGUCUAUUAUCAUCUCCUAAACACACUCGAUUACUCCAGAAAUAUAACAUCAAAUGUGCAACAUAUGAAACUUCACUAAUCACUUUUUCUUUUCUCAGUAGGCUAGCUCUUAAAGCAGAGCCCCAGACAUUCCCCCAGAUAUCACCUAAUCUGGAUAUUUCUCUAGAAACUGAGAAGGGGAAGAGACGGGAGCCACGGGAACAGAAUGGCGGGUUUGUGGAAGAAGUUCUAAAACGUUGCCAAGAAGGCACAAAGAGUCUUUGCCCUCCCCCUUCUGUUCCAUCUAAGUUUGCUGUGCUUGAUAAAAGGUAAAUACUAUAUGAUUACAUUAAUCAAAGGGGGGGGUGGAUAUUGUAGGUUUUUUUCUAUUGUUGAUGUUUUGUAUUAACAAAUUGAGAUUUUAAGCUCUAAUAACCUGCUCUAAUAAUCAACCUAAAUUUUUUUUAUUUUUUUUUGUGUGUUUCUUCAAAAACUUUAGACAUAAUAAUAACUAUGUCAAAUAUGGAAAAGAGGAGAAGAUUCCCGAUGUACCAUACUAUAUUCGGGUGACUCCAACAAUAACCAACAAACCAAUUACUUAUGUUCGACCACCUAGGUAAGUGUACCAUGAGACACAGAAUAACUGACAAUAAUCCUAUCAGGUUAUCCAAAUGAAACUGCAGGGUCCUCAGUUAGCCAAUACCCAGGUUCUAUCACUGGCUGUCUGUGUACACAGGAAACCAAUGAGAGAAGAACCACAGACAGAGAAAGAUGUCAAUGGUCUUUCUGGGCCAACAUCACGAAUCUCUGGGGAGUACUAGAGCAACGUGACUUACUAAGCAUUACCUAAUUUCAAUAAGAUAUGAAUUUUAAUAUAAACAUAAGCUUUUAUAAUACAAAAUUAACUAUAUACUGAAAUGACAGAAAGUAUAAUGUAAUGUCUGAACCAUAAAUGGUGUGAUAGUAUCACUGUAAGCUGUGCAAUACUGACUGAUAAAGAGUGAAAGAGUUGCUGACAGGAUGAAAGUGAGAGGAAUAUGAUACGUGACAAAAUGGGCUGAUGGAUUGAAAGGGAGGAAAGGAUAUCAUUUUUACAAUUUUUUUUUUUACUUUUCCUAUUUUCAUUGCAGGGACCCAUUCCUUUUUUCUAAGGUAAAGCCUACAUUACUUCCAGAAAAACACAUAGCAACUAUAAAGGAUGCAAGUGUCCCAGAAAAGCAAGUAGACACAAAUGGACUGGAAAAAGAAAAGAAAUAUUCUGCAGAAUAUUGUGAUCAGAUUCCUAUUCUACAUCCUGAACCCAUCACACGUCUAGAGGAUAUUCCUUGUCCUCUGCUGAAGUCUAUGUCUCUAGAGCCUACAGAGGUUAUCACACGUCUAGAAGACAACAGUUCUCUAGAAUGCACUGUCUGUACUAUCGAACCUCAUACAAACAGAUUGACAGAGGAGAUUCCAGUACACCUUAGGCACCCACAGUCCUCUUCGAGUUGUUCACCUGAGCUUACAAAUCUAGAUUCUCAGAACCCAAUCACAGUUCAUUGUCAUUCCGUGCAGUUUAUGUCUCCAGAGCCUACAGAGGUUAUCACAUGUUUAGAAGACAACAAUUCACUAGAAUGCACUGUUUGCACUAUCGAACCUCAUACAAACAUAUUGACAGAGGAGAUUCCAGUACACCCUAGGCACCCACAGUCCUCUUCAACUUGUUCACCUGAGCUUACACAUCUAGAUUCUCAGGACCCAAUCACAGUUCAGGAACCUGGUAGUCUACUGGAGAGCCCAGUUUGUCCUGCCAAACCACACACUGGUGAAAUGUUAGAGGAGCUGCCAGUAAACAAUGUGACUUAUCACUCUGAGACUAAUUUGGAUUCCCCCACUAUUCAGCCAGAGGGGUUGCUUCAAAUCAAUCAAGAGGGCAUCGCUGAGCAGAACCAAACUGAGAUUAAGAAUAAUCAACCUGAAGCACGUGUGAGCCUGAGCAGUGAUCCCGGAGAGCAGCCAUUGCCAAAGAAAGAAGACAAAGAAAAAGGACCACCUGGUGAGGCCGGUAUAGUACCAAUGCAAAUCACAGAAAGCCAAGACCUUGCAGUACCUGCACUCCAAGAGAAAACAAAUAUUAAAACAAAGGUAGAAAGGAUACACUAUGAUAGGGAUUCUUUACUCCAAUUCCAAUCAACCACACUGCAGCCAAAGGACUUCUUCGAAAUCUUAAAUAUCUACCAAGGUAUGCUUAUUAGACCUCACCUUCGGCCAGUGCAUCCAUCACAACUUACCAGCAAGAAUUGCACACCUAUAUCUGAAAAUGUUUCCCGUCGUGCUAAGGGUAAUCACAGACAACGACCUGGAAUGGGUCAAAUGAGAUCUCAUCACACUCCUGGUAAAGAACCUCGCAGGAUCAUUCAACUACAUGAGAACAUUACACUGCAAAAAUCUGAGAAAGCUUGGCAACCUCCAAUGAAAAGGGCAAACAAAGAUACCAACAAUGUCAAGACACAAGAAUUGCUUUGCAAAGUCCGUGGUAUUCUGAAUAAGAUCACUCCACAGACGUUUCAAAACCUUAUCAAACAGCUGAAGGACCUCUCUGUAGAGACAGAGUAUGAGCUGAAAGGCGUUGUAGAACUCAUUUUAGAAAAAGCGAUAGCAGAGCCACAUUUCGCUGUUAUUUAUGCCAGUAUGUGCAACUGGCUAAUGAAGCUUCAGGUCCCAACCGAAGACAAUCGUGAAAUCUGCAUUACGUUCCGCAGGCAGCUAAUAAGCCUCUGCCAGAAGGAGUUUGAGAGAGGGGAAAAUGGAGAUGAAAGAAUUGAAAAAUUGCAAAAGGAACUGGAUGCAGCUACGUUACCUGAGGAAAAGUCUCGAUUAAAGGAGGAAUUAAGUGAAGCCUGCAAGAAAUCACGCAAGCGAUCCCAAGGGAACAUCAAAUUUAUUGGGGAGCUAUGUAAAUUAAAAUUACUUUCUGAAGACACCAUGAAAGACAUUCUUAGUAAACUAUUGAACAGGAACAGCGAAGAGUCCAUGGAAUGCAUCUGUCUUCUGCUAACAUCAAUUGGGAAGUACCUGGAAAAUGGAGAGUCUUACAUGGAUGACUAUUUCAACAAGGUUGGUAUCUGUAUUAAAAACAAGACAAUAUCUUCACGGAUUCGAUUUAUGGUGCAAGAUGUGCUGGAUUUAAGGAAAAAUCACUGGAUACCUCGACAUAAACCCCAGGGUCCGAAAACCAUAGAUCAAAUUCACAAAGAGGCAGAACUAGAAUCCAGAGGAAAAGCGCAGUGACCCAAACAAACAAAAAACAAACACUACUCCUUCCAUGGACACCUGGGUAUACACAACAGAUGUACAGAGACAAGCCUGCAGAUUCAUUCACAUAAAUAUAUUCAAAAUCAUUCAGGCAGCGACACCAACUUUUAUGCCCAAAGAAACACCUACUCAUAUACAGACAGAGACGAAUGCAUAUUCACAACAAUGACAAAUUCAGAAAUAAUGCAAAGACAAACACAUUCCCAUACACUCACACCACUUUUCAUCAUUGACAAAUAAAAUACUUAAUGGCAUGACAGAACCACCACUGUUUUCAUAGACACAUAUAUUUUCUAUAUUGUAUAUUUUAUUACAGCAAUAAAUUCUGUUCUUCUAAUUUA